AUGAGAGGGAAGCCUAUAAUAACUAUGCUGGAAGAGGUGAGGUGUUAUAUGAUGAACAUCAUUGCAAGAAACAAGAAGGCGUUGGUGGAAUAUACUGGAGUAAUCACUCCUGUGCAGCAGAGUAGGCUGGAAAAGGAGAAAAGGGAGAGCAACAAGUGGCGGCCGUUUCCCACUGGAGAUGACCCUGGAAAUGUGUAUGAAGUACAAUGCCUCCCACAUAAGGUUAUGGUGGAUAUAAGAAAGAGGACUUGUUCCUGCAGGUUUUGGCAACUGACUGGCUUGCCGUGCAGGCAUGCAUGUGCUGCCCUUGCAUACCAGAACAGGAGGCCAGAAGAACAUGCACACAACUGGCUCUCUAUGGGGGCAUAUAAUAGCACAUACCAGUUCGUGAUCCAGCCUGUUCCUAGUUAA